AUGGCGUCGACGAGCGGCAGUGAGCAGGAGAUUGAAGAGCAAUGGGACGACAUGGCCAUUGUCCGGGCGUUUGAGGAAGCGUUGACUGACCAGCGUUCGCGCAGCUCGGCACCUGUCAAGGCAGCUGGAAGGACGCGGCAGGCAGUACCGCCGCAGCGAAAGAGCAAAAGCACUGCCCAGAGCUUCACUGUUGACGAGAGAUAUGAAGAGCAGAAACACGAGCCAGCAAGUCCAGCAGCAGCACGAGCACGAGGAACGUAUGGACAGUUGAACGCAGGGGCGCACGUAGCUUCUCCAGCUGGCACGAUGCCGUCAGCCGAUCAUCAUCAGCAGCAGCAGCAAAAUGAUUUGUAUCAGGCAGCAUACGCUCAAGCAUUUGCCCAGCUCCAAGCGCAGUUCCAGGCCGCGUAUCCUCCUGCACCGACUCCGCAGCCGUUUGGGCCAAGUCUUCAGAUGCCACUCCAUGCGCCGUACUAUCCACCGGCUGCGCCUUCUCCAUCCAUCCCAAUGUCGUUUCCUGGGAUUCCAGCAGCUCCGAUACCAGGAUUAGCAGCACCCGGCGCAGCAGGGCCAGACGAUGGUCUAGCGAACGUGCUCAUGUCGUGGUACCAAUCUGGGUACUACACGGGACGGUUCCAAGCAAUGCAAGAGAUGAAAAUGCGGAGCUAUCGGUAG